CGGGGGCGGGGCCGGUCCGCCAUAAACACUGGUACUUCCGUGUAGUCGUCAUAGAGCUGCUGCUAGCGGAGAGAUCUGUGCGGGAGACAUUAGCAGGAUGGUGACGCAGGAGUCGCCGCGGUGUUGCGGGUACUUUAAUAUCCGCUCGGUGGUGCUGGGAGUGGCCGUGUACUAUGUGUUUGUCAGCCUGCAGUCCCUGGUGUGGCAGACCGUUGCCGUGAUCAAAUGCGGCGGAGUGUGUGCGGGGCCCUGGAGCUCGGCCGGGCCCGUGGCCGUCAUGUACUCCCUGGCCUUCAUCCUGCUGCUGCUCAGCCUCUGCCUGCUGUUCGGCGUCCUCCGCCGGCGCCCGGGCCUCCUGCUGCCCUUCCUGGCCUUCCAGAUAAUCGACCUGCUGGGCUCCGUGCUGCUCUUCUGCGGCCUGUUCGUGCGCUUUCCCUCCGAGCUCCGUAUGAUCAGCACCAGGCCCUACCUCCCCGGGGUGGACGAGCAGGACAAGGCCGCGGUGGCCGGGGGCUCCGUGCUCUUCAUCGCUCUGACCCUCCUUCUCCUCCUGCUGAAGAUCUACCUGAUCCGCUGCGUGCUGACCUACUACCGCUACCUGCUGACCCGGGUCUCCCCGCCCCCGGGCGAGCCUGACGGCCUGGCCCUCAUCGUGGUCCCCCCAAUCUCGGAGAAGAACCCCCUGUUCCUGCCUUCCUAUGAAGAGGCGCUCAGCAUGCCGACCAAGGACAGCCCGCCGCCCCCCUACAGCCUGGCCGUGCUGCCGGAGCCGCAGAAGGAGGCCGUAUAGGCUUCCCCCGGGGACCGGCUACCUGAUCAGGGAUACAAUGAGAUGCAACCCCCCCUCCCCUCCUCUCCUCCCUAUCCUACCGGGCGCUGCCUGCCCUUCCCGUUAACGGGACAUCAUGAGAGCCGGGACUAGGAGCGCUGACUGUACAGGCAUCCGACCCCCUCCUACCGGUGUCCGCGGGCAGGAUACACCCGUGACGUCCCUCUGUCCUGCCGGUGCCCGCAGCAACACGUCAUCCGAGGCCGCUGUGGUGUCCACUUGGAAUUAGUUUUUAGCGAAUGAGUAACAUUGGUAUUGGCUUGUAACAAGGUUAAUAAGUGUAUAUUAUACACAUAUAGAAUUAGCCUUUGCUAGCUCUGGUAACAGCUGCACUAUACUAUGAAGAAUAAUUCUCUUGUUGCUGCACCACUCUCAGUGAGAGAAUUAAACAUGUAAUAAUAAUAAUAAUAAUGUGUAACAAACCUCUAGUUACAAGGCGGCUGUGAAGUCUUGCGUUAUUUUUCCUGUAUUAAAAACUGAAGUGCCAUGAAAUCUUAGUGAGUGUGGUGAUGUACAUGUAGCAUAGUGUUGGAGGAGAGGGAAGACAUGCCCGUACAGUGCUAUAGAGUUGAAAGGCUGUUCUUUAAAAUAGUCUCCUAAAAGUGCCCCCUGUCUGGUAGCAUUAAGAGUCCCUACAAUGACUGUACUCCAUAUGAUGUGUCAUAUAAUCACUUGUUCAUCCUGUGACUCUGUAAUGUGGGGAGCAGGUCUUUAAGAUCUUUCAUGAGGUUCUUGUUGGAAAGGGCCCAGUUUGGGAAUAGUGCACAGCUGAAAGCAAUAUUCCAUUCUUCUGGCUGUGUAUCAGUGAUUUGAGUCUCCAGUAUUGAACACACAGCAUUAAUAACUGCACUUUACCUUAUGGUGAGGGUGGUGUUAUAUGUAUCACAGCCUGGAGAGCAGUAUAAAGCACUGACCAAUCUGCUUCUAAAGCUCAUAUCACAGGCUGUUUGAAAAAUGACAGCAGCUGAUUAGUGUGUUUUUAUUUUUUCCCCCUUUUCCUUCUCCACUUUAUCACUUUCCAUGCUUUGAUAAAUACCCCCCUUAAACAGCUUGAUCUACACCCAGGUGGUGGAUGUAAUGUUAUAUACUGUGCUCUAUAGAAUUGGGCUCUCCUGUGUGUGGGGGGCAGUUUCAUUUGGAACCUUAACAGCAGGAAACUGAGAAGGGUCCCCCACCAUUCAGGUACUGAGGAUCAAGGGCAGUGCAAUAUUACUUCCUAUUAAGCCCAAAAGUGGAACGAUUACCCUCCUCUGAAGUAAAGGCAUUGCAUGAUUCUUGGGAGAGUCUUGCACAUAGUGGGUUGUUUUUGCUGACUAACUUGCUUAAGUCAAGGAAGAUGAGCCAAACCUUUUGUUAGCUGUCUCAAUCAUGGUAUCCUGCGGUCUGUAGCUACCAAUACAGCCUCAACCCAUAAACUGUGCCUUGUGUGAACAGACUUCCCAAGCAAAGGGUGUCCCACUGUCUUGCUAUGAGGGUAUGGUCAGCCAAAGUACAUGGCUGUAUUCCUCAGCAGCAUGUGGUGUUUACAUCUAAUACAUGAUUAUGUGGGACAGCAAUGUACAAGUCCCCUGUGCCCAGUAUAUUGUACUUUGUUUCCUGUGAUCAUAUUGCUGAGUUCUUUGGCUUAAAAUCAAAUGUAUUUGCUCUUAUUGUAAUUUUAGUGCUUUUGUGUCCAUACCGUUAAGCAAACACAGUAAAUCAGUGUUAAUCUGUAACCUGAUGAAUUUUAUAUUGGGUUCGAAACCUGUUGCGUGAAGUACAGCAUUCCAUUGAGCUGUGCUUGUUGGAGGUCGUCUGCUGAGCGAGAGUCGUAGUGGACAGUAGCUGGAGAACACCAUUGUACCUGAGCCCUCUUCACACUGUUAAUUGCUUUACACCAAAGAUUUUUAUUCUGUCUGAUUUAGAAUGGUAGUAUUUACAGCUUCUAAAUAAAACUGCUUUUGUCA